GGGUGUGCGGGUUUCUGUGUGUGUGUCCGUCCCCUCCCCAAGUCAGCGGGGACCUGCUGCCCCACGGCCGCCGCCACCCCGUCCCGGUCCCACGGAAGGGACUGUCGCUUUAACGCCAGGCUUUCCGCCCCGCCCGGCCCCCGCGCCCUCAGCGGACAGGUGGAGCUGCCCGGGGCCCCCGCUGUGCCCCCCGCUCCCCUCGGGCAGCCCCCCGCCCCAGCCCGGCCGGGCCCUGCCAGGCCAGCCCGGCUGAGGCCGGAGGAAGGGGAAGUGCUGGGGCAGGACGCGGAGCGGGGAGGGGGGGGCCCUGCGCCGGAGGAUGCCGGGCUGCCCCAUGGAAGGUGAAGAAGCAGUCGCUUGUCUCGUGGGGACCCCCCCAAACGACGGGGAUGCCCAGGAGCUCUCGAAAGAGGGUGAAAAUGGAGCCGACGGAGCAGCAGCCACAGAGGAGCUGGCUGCGACCAGGGACAGAGGGGACAGUGGUGCCCUCCUGGGGUGUCUGCGGCCGGACCAGCACACACCACGCUUGGACCACGGGGACGGUGGAGCAGACCCUCUCCCGAAGUCCUCGACUCCCUCGAUGGACAGGCAGAGGAGCACCGAGCUCUCAGCCCUUGACAGCUUCCCCCUGAAGCACUCGAACACACUGACGAACAGGCAGCGAGGCAACGAGGUCUCAGCCCUCCCAGCCACGCUGGACACGUUGUCCAUCCACCAGCUUGCCGCCCAAGGAGAGCUCAGCCAGCUGAAAGAGCACCUUCGAAAAGGCGAGAACUUGGUAAAUAAACCUGAUGAGAGAGGUUUCACGCCACUGAUCUGGGCUGCAGCCUUUGGAGAGAUCGAAACGGUCCGUCACCUGCUGGAAUGGGGCGCCGACCCCCACGUGCUGGCGAAGGAGCGGGAGAGCGCCCUGUCCCUGGCCAGCAUGGGCGGCUACACCGACAUCGUCGUCAUGCUGCUGGAGAGGAACGUGGACAUCAACAUCUACGACUGGAAUGGCGGCACUCCUCUGCUCUACGCCGUGCGCGGCAAUCACGUCAAGUGUGUCGAGGCCCUACUAGGUAACGGGGAAGAUCCGCGCUUAGUCCUUGGCCUCGAAUCGCUGCUCGUUGCUCGCGGCGCUGACCUGACGACAGAGGCAGAUUCUGGCUACACCCCGAUGGAUCUGGCCGUGGCCCUGGGACACAAGAAAGUCCAACAGGUUAUCGAAAAUCACAUCCUCAAGCUAUUUCAGAAAAAGGAGCUGGAGUGACACGGCGGCUCGCGCUGCACUGCCGUGGCACCAGCGCUUCUCCCGGCCAACGCAGGGCUCUCCUCUGGGACCAACGCGGCCUCACCCAGCCGUCCCAAAACGGGCAGCGGCACGAUGCUUCAAGCGAGGAGCACGCGGAGGAAGCCAGGAACUGCCUGCCCUCGGUGGAUCUCUGCCUCUCCCGGAGGGUGGCAUGGCCACAGCGCCUCGCACCCGGGGACACUCAUUCCUCAGGGCAGCUGCAUUUCUGUUCUGUCCGGGCUCGGCUGCUUUGUGCGUUUGUGCAUUCAGGUAUUGCAUUAUUGGAAGUAAACUCUAAAGCAGC